GAACUCGUUUCACCGAAUUGUUUGCAUUAUACGAUUCUUUCAUAUCCAUAUUUCAAUUCAGAAAGGGCGAGUGGGGAUGGAAGGCUUUGAAGAAGCGAAUUCGUCAAAAUCGAUGAGCCCGAAUCUUGCUGUUUAUUGUUUUGAAGGACCUAGAGAGUGAGGGGCUUCCGCCGUUUGUGCUUAUUAGACAGAAUGAUUUUUGGGGAAGAAAGUGAAAUAUUGAUGACUAAUCAGAAUGUAUCGAGUAAAGAACUGAUAAUUUGUAUUGAUAUGACAUACGCAGAGAAAUUCCUCUCCUUCACUCAUGGAAAAUUUCUGGAUAUACUUGGUGCUAGUGACUGAAGGAGAGGGAUCAUCUUAUGCACAAAAAAUUGAAAGAAGAGGAUAUUGCUAUUUGUGAGUGCAAGUAUGAUCCUUGUAAUCCUGAAAGUGCAUGUGGGGAAAGCUGUCUGAAUGCGUUAACCAACACAGAGUGCACACCAGGAUACUGUCGUUGUGAUCAGCACUGCAUGAAUCAGAAAUUUCAGAAAUGUGAAUAUGCAAAGACAAAGUUAUUCAAAACUGAAGGGCGUGGUUGGGGUCUUCAAGCUGAUCAAAACAUUAAGGCUGGAGAAUUCAUUAUUGAGUAUUGCGGGGAGGUAAUAUCAUCAGACGUAGCAAAGCGAAGAUCUCAUGCUUAUGAAGCUCAAGGUCUUAAGGAUGCAUAUAUUAUUUCACUGAAUUCGAACUAUUUUAUCGAUGCCACAAAAAAAGGAAGCAUUGCGAGAUUUAUUAACCAUUCGUGCGAACCAAAUUGUGAAACGAGAAAGUGGACAGUGCUGGGAGAGACGAGAGUUGGAAUAUUUGCAAAGAUUGAUAUUGCUGUUGGAACUGAACUGGCAUAUGACUAUAACUUUGAAUGGUAUGGUGGGGUCACUGUCCGGUGUCUUUGCGGUGCAGCUAACUGUUCUUUAUUCCUUGGUGCCAAGUCUCAGGGUUUCCAGGAUUAUUACCAUGUCUGGGAAGAUGGAGAUGAAAGAUACACAGUUGAAAACAUCCCUCUCUACGACUCUGCGGAGGAUGAGCCUUUUCCAAAACCUGCUUCUACAGAAUUCCCUGUCAAAGACGAAUCAUUAGUAAAUGAUCCAGCAGCAGGGCAAAAAAGUUUGGCAUCUGACGUUAAAUUGGAGCAAGAUGCAACAGGAAAAUCAGUGGCAACUGACAAUAACAAGGAGAUGGAAUUUAGUUUAGAAGAAAGUGGACAAGUGUUUCCGCAAACAAAUGCUAUGAUAUCUCGUAUUAGAAGCAACAGUACAUGCCGGAAUUAUAACAUUGGUCCAAGUCCUUCCUCGAAGAAAAGACCACAGCAUACUGUAAACCAAAAAUCAAAAACUUCUGGCAAGAAAUAUGUCAGCUCGAAACCUGUUGCUGAACUAUUUGCGUCAAAGCAAGCACAAGAGGAAAUAAGGAGAUAUGAGAAACUUAAAAACAAAGCUGUCUCGGAGCUCAACUUAUUGUAUGAUGAGAUUCGUCCGGCAAUAGAAGAACACGAGAGGGACAGCCAAGACAGUGUGUCUACGAGUGUAGCAGAGAAGUGGAUACAAGCCACCUGCUCUAAGUGGAAAGCAGAGUUUGACUUUAGUUUUUCCAUCAUCAAGAAUGUGAUGUGCCCCUCGAAUGCUGCUGCUCAAGAGCGACUCAACCCUUCUUCUGUAGACGAUGCUCACAACGAGAUCAAGUAUUUGAUGAAUUAAACUCUUUUACAGUGGAUUUUGAUUUCAUGUUGUUAGUUGGGCUGUUUAGCAGGGGGCAUACACACUUCAAAUUUUAAGCUUGGUUUCUCCAUUAGUGCAUCUUUCUGGAUUCUUGAUAA